AUGCCUUCGAGCUCAACCUCUCGUCCUCCCUCCCCGGCUAGGGUGUUCCCCUCCUCCGGGUUUCACAAGUUUGCCAAGUCCCGCCGAGUCGAUGAAGAAAGCUACUCGUGGUACUCGCCCAAAGAAUUCUUCCCUGUCCGGAUCGGCGAGUUGAUUCGGGACCGCUACCAAGUCAUCACGAAGCUUGGCUACGGCACCUCCUCGACAUCUUGGCUCUGCCGCGACCUGAGGGGCCACCGGUAUGUCGCCAUCAAGGUCUACGCCGCCAAUCAAAGUCAGGCGAAGCGGGAGAUUGCCGCUGUUAAGCAUCUCCACGAGGUUUUAAACAAUAAGCUUGUUACAAACUGCGGCGGUGCUCAGUUCAUCCGGCUAUUGCACGAGAGCUGCGAGCUGGAGGACCCUAGGAGUUCCAACCAGAACCUGUGCCUUAUCUAUGAACGUAUGGGCAUGUUCUUGGCGGAUCUAAGAAGAGUCGCGUGCAACAAUUAA